AUGUCAGGACCAAUAAUUUGUUCAAAAUUUGAUCAGUUGGGAAACUACUUGGCAACUGGUAUGGUUGCCCUUGAUUCCCAUCAAGUCAAAGUUCAAUCCACAACCUCAUCGCAAGCAUCAUUAAAUACGUCAUUUACUUUAGAAAAAUCAAACAAACUAGUAAAUUUAUCAUGGAUCCCAUCAGAAUCAAUACAAUUGUUAGCUCUUUGUUUAACCAAGGGAAGCAUCUUGAUAUAUUCUCCUCAAACAAACGAAAUUGUUCUGGAAUUGACUAGUUCUGCAAAUGUCUCAAUUUUGGAUUUCCAUUACUCAACAAAUACUAGAUCUGGGUGGUCUUGUGAUAUAGAAGGUAAUGUAUGUGAAUGGGAUAUGAGUUCUUACACAUUAUUAAAUUCUUUCAAAGUUAGCGAAUACAUUGAAUCUGUUGAUUCUAUAAGUAGAAUAUCUACGGUGAUGUUCAAUUCUCAACCACAUUUAUUGCUUGGUUCAAAUGCAAUCUACCUUUUCAAUAGCAAACAAAGGGAACUUGUCAAGACUUUUCCAGGUCAUAUUCAACCAGUAAACUCGAUAACAACUUUAAACAAUGAUAUGUUUUUAACAAGCGCCAAAGGUGACCGAUUUGUUAAUUUGUACCAACUCGAUAAAACUAUUACAAGAGCUGUUUUUGUGGGUCUGUCAUCAGUGUCCAAUUUAUCAGUUUCCAUAAAAGACGAUAAGUCAAUUUUGGUGAUUAUUAAUGAAGAAGGGGAUAUUGAAAUUUUUAAUAAUCCAUUAUCAGACGCCAAAUCUCAACUUUCCACGCCAGUACCGAAAAAGAAAAGAAAACAAGUUGGUGUUACUUCAAGAUCUUUUAAUGCAACAAUUAAAUUAUCUCGUCCAGAAUCAGAAAUCAAAAGUCCACAGGAUACACAUCUAUUCAUCAAUGCUGUUUCAACUAAAGAUAACUUAAUCACAUUCACGUGGUUGGAGAAUUCCACUGUUCCAUUUUUUGACACCCUUAAAUGGAUUGAUGAAACUGGCUCUUUGGUUCUUGAAUCAACCAAAGUAUUACUAAAAUCCAAACCAAAUUUAAAAGUCACGCAACAUUUGACUAAUGGUCAUGAUGUGGCUGCACCAAAGCUUUAUACAGAAGGACACACCAUUGUGAGUGAUGGGAGUAACAUCAGAGAUUUGGAAUUCCAAGACCGCCAACUGGAUGAAGAAGACACAGAAGAAUCUUUAGCUGAAAAAUUAGAUCGAUUGGCAAUGGAUAAGACUACACAGCAAAAAUCAAGAAGAAAGAAACUAGAAGAAGCAAGAAGUGGUGUUUCCUUAUCGAUUGUAUUGACACAAUCUUUGAAAAACAACGAUCAAGCAUUAUUAGAAACGGUGUUAUCGAAUCGUGAUCCUAUCACUAUUCAAAACACAAUCAGUAGGUUAGACCCUUACUCAUGUGUCACAUUUUUGGAUAAAUUAAGUGAGAAGAUUCAACGUCAACCAACCAGAUUUGAUCAAGUGAGUUUUUGGCUCAAAUGGAUUCUUGUAAUUCAUGGUCCAGUUAUGGCGUCCUUGCCAAACUUAAGCAUCAAACUAUCUAGUUUACGUGCAGUGUUGACCAAAAAAGCCGAAGAAUUACCGAGGUUGUUAGAAUUACAAGGUAGAUUAAAGUUAAUGGAUGAUUAUGCAGAAUUGAGAAACGAAUUUAGCGUCGAAGACAUACUUGAGGAAGGUAUUGAAGAACCAAGCGAUAUUGAAUACAAUGAAGAAAUCGAUGAUGCGAAGUAUGUUGGUGUGAUCAGCGAUGACGAAGUUAUGGACGGCGUCGAUGACUUUGAUGAUCUUGACGAGGAAGAGGAAGAGGAAGAGGAAGAGGAAGAAGAGGAAGAUGAAGAUGAGGAGGAUAUUCCUGAUGCUGCAGAUUUGGAUGAUAUAGAUUCCGAUCUUGAAUAA